UACUUUGCUUAAUGAGUAAAAAAACCGAUGAGUGUAUUUUUAAGGUUUGGGGGCUUUUAUGCUAUGGUCUUACACGGUCAAUAUUUUGCCACACAGCUCUCAGUCUCAAAGAUGAUAUGGUAAGCACCAAUGCAGCAUGACCAUGGCAGAAUACAGAGAAUGAAGGAGUAAUUUCUGCUUCUGGGUCUUGCUUUCGCUUCACAAAAGAGCAAAGAUGCUGCAAUAGCACUAAUUUGAGGUGUCUUCUCUAUAAAUGCUGACAAUGUAAUAUGUGUAGAAGCAGGUUAAGGUGCAAUGAGGAACCAUAAAUUUUCACAAGUUUCAAGGAAUGACAUCAAAGAAAAUAAAACAAACCAAAGAUUAGAGGAGAAAGCAGUUUUAGUGUCAGCAGCUGGUAAAUGUCUUCCUCAGUCUUCUUCAGACAGGCGUUACAUUGCUAAUGAGCUAUUGGAGGAGGAUCCGGAAGAGGAACCAAGUGAAGUAGAGGAGGAUCCAGAAGAGGAACCAAGUGAAGUAGAGGAGGAUCCUGAAGAGGAAUCAGUUGAGGAAAUAGGAAAUAAGCUAGAAAAAGAACCAAGCGAUGACUUGGAAGAGGAUCCAAUUGAGGAACUGGAAGAGGAACCAAGUAAGGUGCUGUUGGAACAAAUUGAGGAGCCUUCAGAAUGUGAUGCUCAGUCAUAUUUUAACCACAGCAACAAUGGGAGUGAAGAACCAGUUGAAAAUGCGCUGGAAGCAUCUCCAGCUGAAUGCCACUCAAGCACUGAUCCUAACAAUUCAUACAAGAAGAGGUCACUGGAUGCAUCAACUGGUGAGUCAGUUGCCCAGCAGGGUUAUAAGUCACAAAAGAAAUGUAGGCAAGAGGAAUCCUUAAAACCAGAAUCAGAAUCUUCGUAUGCUGCUCCUCAUUUCCACAGUCAGUCUGGGCUUGCCAUGACACUUGGUGAUAAAUGUUCUUCUGAACAACAGGAAGGUACAGGGAGUUCUAGAAAACGAAGACAUAGUAGAUGGGAAAAAGUAGAGAAUGAUCAGGCUAGUAAAAGAAAGAAAACCAGGUGGAUUAGUGAUGAUUUGCAGCUGAAACUGUUAGGUCCACUUCAGCUGCCUGACCUUGGGAAAGAGUUUGUUGUGGGAUCAGAUUUGGAUUCAGAGAUUCAGGAGUUGCAAGCUGAACUUGCAGACAUAAACAGAAAAUUGCAAACAUCUGAGCUCCAUGAUGACAAGCCUAUGGAGGAAAGAUCUCCUUCUCUCGAACCAGUGCAUGAUAUCCUUGGUAUCAGACUAAAUCCACGGCAAGUAAGGCUCCAUCAGAAACUUGUCCAGAAACGUCAACAUAUUAUAUCUAAGUUGAUUAAGAAGAAUUCCACUUUCAAACCACCUUUGGAGUAUAAGUCCUCGAAGCUGUGUAAAAAAAUUUACAUACCGGUGAAAGAAUAUCCUAACUAUAACUUUGUUGGACUUAUAAUUGGCCCUCUUGGGAAAACACAGAAGAGAAUGGAGAAGGAAACAGGGGCUAAGAUCCGUUUAAGGGGUAAAGACAAAACAACAAAUCCACAGAAAAAUGAUGAAGACUUGCAUGUCUAUAUAGAGGCAGACAACCAAAAAUCAUUGGAUGCAGCAGUUGGGAUGGUUGAGAAACUACUAAAUCCAAUUGAUGAUGCAAUGAAUGAGCAUAAGCGGGUCCAGUUAGAAGAGCUUGCCACACUGAAGGCAAAUAUGUGCAGAAUUUGUCAUGAGCAUGGGCACCACUGUUUUGCCUGCCCGCAACGGCAAUCUACUUUUAAAAUGGUAUGCUGUGACAAAUGUGGCAGCUACAAACAUCCCACAGAAACUUGUGGGGUGAUAGCAAUGUCUCCACAGAGCAAAUCUGGGCAGGGUUCUGGGUCCAGCCUUGGCUCAACUACAAAAACUCAAGACAGACCUAACAAAGAAAUUGAUAAUACAAACCUCUAUGUUAACCACCUACCAGAAAAUGUGGAUGACAACCGAUUACUAGAGUUUUUCUCUCCAUUUGGUAAGAUUACCAAAGCAAGAGUUAUAAGAAAUCAAACCACAGGAAUUAGUAAAGGCUAUGGUUUUGUCAAAUUUGAGAAUCAAAUUGAUGCAGCUGCGGCAAUGGCUCAUUUGAAUGGGUGCAGAAUGGAUGGGCAUAUGUUGGCAGUAAGAAUAGCUGGGGUACCCCCUGGAUCCUUGUUUUUGAGCCAUCUUUCACCAUACCAAGGGCCUCCACCAAUUUUUCCAAAUGUCACAAGCCAAAUGGCUUGGUCUGGGUGGAUACCAGGCUCAAUACUGCCUGUGCCUCUAACCCCCGUUCCUAUAAGCAAUGGCAUGAAUUUGCAUUCAUCCCCCAUUUUUGUAAAGCAUGGUAAUGUCCUCAAAAGUGAAGGCUUAGGCUUUACUCCUGCAUCUGGCUUGUCAAGCCUCUCUGAUUUACCCGGUUGUAGGAGCCUCCAUUCAUCUUCCAAUUCUUCAAACCAAAUUCAAUCCUCAUCAGGUGGUUUAAUCACAAAGUUCCCUGGUGAUCCAGAUUACCCUAGUUCUGGAUUUGAAUCAUAUUUCUAAAAACAUAAACCAAUCAAGCCCAAGUUAAAAGUAAAUAGUACCAAAAAAUCGAUUCUCUAUGACCCACCUGAAGUUUUGACUGCUUUAGACCAGUUAUUCCUGGAGAAUGAGAAGCUAAAUGUUGCCUGUCAAGCUGCUUGGGAUAGCUUUCUAAAGGGAUUCAGUAAAUAUUAUGCCGAGUUCCAAGCGGCUGUUCAAGCACUGGCUACUUUGGAUUGUCUGCAUUCACUUUCCAUUCUUUGCAGAAAUAAGGUUGGUUCCUUUGUACUGGCAUUAUCAGCAACACUCCAUGUGUUAGGUGGUAUCUACACCCAAAGGAGUGCUUCUGAUAGCAUCCAACAAGGGAGAGGCACCUUUCUGGAAGAGUUAAGUGAGGCUUCACAUAUACUCCAUAAUUGCACACCAUGUUCAUUUGUUAUCAUUGAUGAACUUGGAAGAGCUACAAGUAUGCAUGAUGGCAUAGCUAUUGCUUAUGCUACAUUCCAUUAUCUACUAGAGCAGAAAAGAUGCAUGAUCCUCUCUCUCAGCCACUACCGAAAAAAUUGCUGAUAUUAGAACUGAAUUUCUAGGCUCUGUGGGGGCAUACCAUGUGUCAUAUCUGACCUCACUUUAGGAUAUUAAAGAUAUGGACAUGGAGCAUUCAAUAACAGAUCAUGAAGAUGUUGGAAACUGCUGGGUUUCCGUGCGAGAGGGACAGGGGAUUUAAAAGACAUAUCUGAUAAUAGUUGCAAGAAGCUUUCAGUUUUAAACCAUGCUUGAAUCAUUGCAAAAGAAUUAAUAAGCAGGUUAAGAUGGAGUUCCUUGGCUCCCUCUCCCCUUGAAUAGAAAGAAAUUUAUGUUCUUUUUGGUGGUGAUGUUAAUUGAUUUUCAUGCUGGUGACUAACGUAUUUUUAUAUCAUUGAGCCUUUGGCUCAAGUGGUACUUCCAUGCUCUCCCACACCCCACAGGUCCCCCCUUCACUUCUAGAAAGGGAAAAACAAAAAAAAAAAAAAAAAAAAAAAAAA